GACAAGUGGAAAUCGUGUGUAUUACUGUAUUGCCCUGGUGAUCCUUAUUUUGAGCCUCUGGGGUGAUAGGGUAGGGUAGGGUAGGGGGAUUAUAAAUACUUUGCUUUUCCUGCUCUUUUAUCUUCUUUCUAUAUUUCUCUACUUAUCAAUCAUAUCUACAUCUACUACUUUCUCCAUACAUCGGGGUUUUAUCUAUCUACUAUCUACUAUCUACACUCCUACCGAACCUAAUCUACUACACCACACCACACCACCACCACAAUUAAAAAAAGAACAACCACCAACAUGAAAUACGCCCUCACCUCCCUCCUCCUUACCACCGCCCUCCUGGCGACCCCCUCCCUCACCACCCCCGCGCCAGACGUCGUCAGCGACGCCAUCGGUAUCGCCCAAACCGCCGUAUCCGGGGGCGAAUCCCUGGCAACCGACAUCGCCAGCGACGCGACCUCCAUCGCCUCUGAGGUCGCGACCGGCGGCGCAGCCGCAUACUCCUCCCUGACGUCCGCGGGCGGGGAAGUAGCCUCGAACGCCGAAUCCUGGGGCACGUCGGUGGCGUCGGAUGCACGGUCCGAUGCGUCCGCGGCGGCAUCGGAUAUCCGGUCCAAGGCGUCGGAUGUAGCGUCGGAGAUCACUUCUCGGUGGGAGAGCGCGACGACGUUGACGGGGUCGAAUGGGCAGCCGACGAGUACGGAGACGAUGACUGGGAAGACGACGCUGACUGCUAGUACGGCGAGUGCGACGGGGAGUGCGGCUAGUACUGCUAGUGGAUCCAGUGCUAGUGCGACGAGUUCGACGAGUGAGGGGGCGGGUGUGGCUAUGGCGACGCCGGGAGUUGGGUUGGGGAUGGGGGUUGUGGGUGUUGCGGGUGUUUUGGGGGUUAUGGCUGCUUUGUAAGGGGUGGAGUUGAGGAUCAGGGGAUUAUUUGUUGAUGAUGGAUGGAUGGUUGAUGAUUGAUACCAAUGUAUAUGAUGUUUUGAUUUGAAUUAUGACAUAUCAAGUUGCUUCAUUCUUGUCUAUUAGUAUUGGUAUAUGUAAACUGUAUAAUUAGUAGGAAGCACUAGUAUGCGCCUCAUCUCUCUUCUCUGAUGUCUCUGACUCCGGCUUCUCCUCUUCUAACCCGUCCACUGUCAUCUUCGGUCCUGUGUACCACUUG